AUGAGCCGAUCAUCCGUUUCGCUUGCGCCGUGGCGCGCCGCCCUCGUUUCCCAGCUGGAAGCCAUGGACUCUCCUACCUUUGUCCUCAGUUCUCUUCAUCGCCAACCCGUCGCGGCCACCACUGGACAAUCGACGAAAGAUGCAGUGGCCUUCUCCCCCAGAGCCCGUACCGUUGUCUACCGUGGCAUGUGGGCUGGCCUCAGCCCAAAUCCACGCAACCCUGCCCCGCGCAACCCUCAUGUCUACCAGACAGAUCUACUGACCAUCACUACGGAUGUACGCAUGGAUAAAGUGUCGGAAAUGUUCUCAGGCUCUUCCGCUGCACCCACCAGGGUACCAGAAUACCCGAGAUCGUGCGCCGGAGGGCCCAUCGAGGGUGUCAUCUGGGCAGCCCAUGCAAAAACACAAUGGCGCAUCCGUGGUCGCGUGUAUAUGAUUGGGCCGGAUAUCGAAUCAGACGCUGCAAAGCCCGUGCGACAGGCCUUGACAGUGUACAUGCGUCGGCAACAUCCCGGGAAUACAGAGGCAGAUGCCGAGGAUAGUACCUGGGAAUGGGCCAAGGAGCUUACAGCGCAUUUUGGAAAUUUAAGUCCCGUCAUGCGAGGAAGCUUUCGCAACCCGGCGCCUGGUACCCCCGUAUCACAGGCUCCAGGUCCCGGCCUCAAUCUUGGCCAAAAGGUGGAGAAUUUGCACGACGAGAUUGCAAGGAGCAACUUUAGGGUUCUCGUAAUCGUUCCUGAGCAAGUAGACCAGGUUGACCUGUCUGACCCAGACCGUGGCAGGCGGUGGAGGCAUGAGCUGACUGCCAAUGGCGACGAGGUGGUUUGGACGACGACGGAGCUCUGGCCGUGA